AUGGACUCGGUCCAUCGACAGCACAAAGUUGUGGACGAGGCGCCACUCGUCAAGGAGCUGGCGUCCUUGCGCGAAGCUCUCCUGAGUCGUCUGGACCGCAACGCUGGGCAGCUUUCGUGUCGGUGGGUGCAGGAGGCAGUGAAUCGCACUGCCCGCCGCUCCACCGAUCCUUCUGCUUUUCUGCCGCUGCAGGGUGCCAUAGCCACGGUCGCCAACUCUGGACAGCCCUCGCAGAGUCACGGCUGGUGGGGAGACUCCAGCAUGAAGCUCGCCCUGGAUGAGCUCUCCACGUUGAUUCUGCCAUGGCUGCAGGAGCUGAUCGAAGACUACAGACGCGGCAGCCGGAGCACCAAGAUCUUCUGCGUGAAGGACGUUGCCGGCUGUCGCAUCCGGGACGCGUGCGUCCACCUUGGCCGCAACGACUGGGAUGUGGAAGCCGCGCUUCAGAGUCUCUAUGCGUCCACGGAACCCAGCAAGAAACUGGAGGUGAAGAAGCCCAAAGCGGUGGCCUCCUGGAGCACGCGUGGCGCAAAGUUGAAGAAGAAUGAGGUGGACUGCCCGAUUUGCGCAGAGGCCUACACUGCAGGCAAUUCGUCCGUGAUGACUCACUGCUGCUUCCAAGUUUUCUGCGAGCGCUGCCACAAGCGAGUCACGGACGCCGAAGGCCGGCUGAACUGCCCCUUCUGCCGCGGAGCCGAUGGCAUGCCUUGCCUGGACCUGGACUCAGAGGAGGAGCCGCCAGCGCAGAGCCGGCUGCAGCGUGUGGCGGGGCUGCUCCAGGCACCUCGGCGCCUUGCGGCGCUCACGACGCGGCUCUGCGCCGGCAUGGGGAGCUGCCUGCCCAAUGCGGCUGCGGGCUCUUUGCGCGACGGCUUGCGGCAGCUUGCACCCGCUUGCAUGCUUUGUGCGGCUGUGGUCAUCUGCAACAUCUGCCCUUCAACGUAA